AUGGCUUGCGCGCAGGAUGGAGAAGAAGUGCCUGAUGAAUUCGAGGUUACCCUGGAAUCACUUUUGGCAGCCUCUCCUGGCUUUGCCACACGUGUCACGGUGGCCUUAUGCCUCAGCAAUGCCUCAGAUGCCGUUGAGACGCUCUCUUUGGGAUUUGCAUUGCCACUCCUGAACUUUGGUGAUCUACGUUGGCCUGCUGCGGCAGUAUUCUUUGGCAUGCUUACAGGCGGAUGCGCCGCAGGCACUUUGGCUGAGCGCUUUGGUCACAAGCGGUUGCUGGUCAUGAUGCUGUACCUUGAGGCUUUAGCAGCUGUGGCCACAACAGCAGCGAGAGGAUCAUGGCACUUGACCCUUUGUCGCUACAUCAGCGGCGUUGCCAUUGGCGCAGCCGUUCCCCCCAUUUUUGCGUUGGCAGAGGAGUUGAUCCAUCCACGAAAGAGGCGGCACCGAAGUCUUAGCUUGAUCGCAUCAUCCUUUAUCUCCGGUAGUGUCUUAGUGUCGCUCCUUGCGUGGCCGCUCUCAUUGGGAUGGACAUGGCAGGCGUUCUAUGCAAGCACAGGGUUGGUCCCGUUGCUCAAUGCUUUUCUGGUGAGCUGCUGGAUACCAGAGUCGCCAAGCUUUCUUCAACAACAGGGUCGCCGUGCCGAGCUCUUGGGCGAGCUGCAACACUUCGCCGGCUUGCGAGCCGCAGGGCCGGCCUUUCGAGUGGCCCAGGAGGCCAAUGAUGGACAAAUUCGGGUGAUAGAGGAAAGAUCGAUCAGUGGGCGACUUCAGCUCCUGAGAACGAAUCACGUGGUCCUUCGCCUGGCAGCGAUUUGUUUCUCCAUCGCUUUCGCAUGGUAUGGUCUUUCGACCUGGCUGCUCCAACUCUUUGAAGAGGUAGGUCUAGAGCAUCGGUACCUGGCUGCGAUGCUUUAUGCUCUUUCAGGUGUGCCUGGUUGUGUGCUGGCGAUGCUGCUUCUUCAGUUUAUUGAACCACCGAAGCUGUUGGCUUUUUGGCUGACUUUGACCGCACUGAGCUGCUUGAGCAUUGGCUUCAUCCAGAGCCCAGAUCCAAAUCAACGGCGACCAGUCCUCGCAGCAUUUUUUGUUUGUUGCUUCAACAGUGUUUCUACUGCAGUGUUCAAUGUCCUGACCACGCUGUGGGGAGCUCCGUUUUCGUCCUCGUUACGACCCUUCGCACUGGGUGCGCUCUCAGUUUGCAUGCGCCUGGGGUCUAUUGUGGCCCAAUUUGUUGAUGCUGCACUGAUCCAUGGCCACAUCACUGAGAUGGCCUUGCUGCCUGCGGUCUUGCUUGGAGUUGCAGCUGCUGCUUGCUGGGGAAUCGCUCUUCCGCAGUAG